AUGAGAACAACGUUGGUGUGUGCCCUGGUUCCGUUUUUCCUGCGUGACUUUCUCUUUUUCAUGCACAAUAGGAAAGCACCCUUCGGCUUGUUCAGGAUGGAGUCCAAUGGUUUGAGCAGCGACGAGGACCGGAUGGAGGUCUUCCUACGACCGGACAAUAGCAAGUACCAAGCGUUUGGCCGGCCGAAGAACGACCUUGUGCUCCGCGUCAUCGAGAACAAGGAGAUGGGAAAAUCGCUGGAGAGGAUCCCCGUGUGGUUCAUGCGGCAAGCGGGACGCUACCUGCCCGAGUACCGCCAAAUGAGAACCAAACACGACUUCUUCGAAAUGUGCCAGAACCCGGAUCUCUCCUCCGAAGUGACCAUUAUGCCGCUCAAGCGAUUCUCCUGUGACAUGCUAGUCAUCUUUUCAGACAUACUGAUCAUUUUUGUUGCCAUGGGGAUGAACAUCCAAUUCAUUGAAAAUGUUGGACCGACUUUUGAUAAGACCAUUAACUCCUUCACGCAGUUCGACGAAGUAACUCCCCCACUGGACCAAAUUAUAGAAAAUUUGCACUACGUUUAUGACGCCAUCAACCUGACCAAGCGUAAAAUAAACAAUGCAGUUCCCAUUUUAGGGUUCGCUGGAUCACCAUUUACUCUCUUUACUUACCUUACGAAAAAUAAUAAGAGGACAUAUGAAGACAGCCUUAGAAUGAUCUAUGAACGUCCAGAAGAGGUACAUAAAAUUUUGCUUAAGUUAAGUGAAGUGUGUGUAAGUCACCUAAUCAACCAGAUCGACAGUGGAGCAGAUGUGGUACAACUCUUCGAUAGCAAUGCAGACGUUGUAGACACGAAUUUGUUUGCCCAGUUCAGUCUGUCCUAUUUAAAAAGAGUUGUUAAUACGGUGAAGAAAUUAAGACCUCAUGCAUUCAUCAUUUUGUUUGUGAAGGAGAAUUUCCAUCCAGAUGUGAAGCAGCUCAACAUUGAUGUCCUCUCCAUCACACAUAAACAGCUAGCUGCUAAUUCGUCUACCUUUUACUAUAACCUAUUUGACGGAAAAAUUAUCCUGCAGGGGGCUCUAGACCCACACAUAAUGCUCCUAAAUGAUGGGAAUCUCGUAUCGAAGUAUACAUCUCAGAUGCUUAGCCAAAUCAGCCACACGAACAAGUACAUUGCUAACUUAGGCCAUGGGAUGCUACCCGGGUCGAGAAUCGAAAACGUGCGGGCCUUUAUCGACACCGUGGGGGGGUACGUCCGUUCGUACUCUUAA